CGGGGGGGGGCCCGGCCCGCGGCCUGUGAGGGGGCGGCGCGGGGGCGGCGGGGCCUCCAUGGCCCCCUGAGGGGGUCCCGGCGGGCAGCCCGGGAACCCCGCGCUCCCCUCGGUGCGAGGCAUGGAGGAGGGGGAGCAGCAGCAGCGCGCAGGGGGCGGCUGGGCCGAGUGGGGGCCCGGCCCGGGCGGGUCCCCGCCGUGGGUGCCCCCGCCGCCCGACGGCGACGAGGAGCCCAAGCGGGGCCGCGGCGCGGAGUGGGGAGCGCCGGAGCCCUCGGGGGACGCGGGGCCCCCCAAACCGGCGGCCGCUCCCCUCAAAGCUCCGGCGGACGAGAAGGCCGCGAGGGCUCCCCGAGCCGCGGGUGAGCCGCGGGGAAAGGGCUCGGGGGGCCCCGGGAAGGGCCCCGGGGGGCGCCCCGCGGGCGAGGAGCGGAGCCCCCGCAAGCCGCCCGAGGAGCGCGGGGCCCGCGGCGGGGAGCGGCCCGGCGCCGAGGACAAGGCCCGGCGGCCGCUCGGGGGUCCCCGCGGCGAGUGGGGGUCGCCGUGGCUGGCGAGCGAAGCGGAGCCCCCCGAGGACUUUCUGCCGCCGCCGGAGUGUCCCGUGUUCGAGCCCAGCUGGGCCGAGUUCAGCGACCCGCUGGGCUACAUCGCCAAGAUCCGCCCGAUCGCCGAGAAAAGCGGAAUCUGCAAAAUCCGACCCCCGGCCGACUGGCAGCCCCCCUUUGCCGUCGAGGUCGACAACUUCAGGUUCACCCCGCGCAUCCAGCGGCUCAACGAGCUGGAGGCGCAGACCCGGGUGAAGCUGAAUUACCUGGACCAGAUCGCCAAAUUUUGGGAGAUCCAGGGCUCCUCCCUCAAAAUUCCCAACGUGGAGCGGCGCAUCCUCGACCUCUACAGCCUCAGCAAGGUGGUGAUGGAGGAGGGUGGCUACGAGGCCAUCUGCAAGGACCGCCGCUGGGCGCGGGUGGCGCAGCGCCUCUCGUACCCGUCGGGCAAGAACAUCGGCUCGCUGCUGCGGGCGCACUACGAGCGCAUCAUCUACCCCUACGAGAUGUACCAGUCUGGGGCCAACCUGGUGCAGUGUCACGCGCGGCCCUUUGAGAGCGAGGAGAAGGACCGGGAGUACAAACCCCACAGCAUCCCCCUGCGCCAGUCCGUGCAGCCCUCCAAGUUCAACAGCUACGGCCGGCGUGCCAAGCGCCUGCAGCAGGAGCCCGAGCCCACGGAGGAGGACAUCGAGAAGAACCCCGAGCUGAAGAAGCUGCAGAUCUACGGGGCCGGGCCCAAAAUGUUGGGGUUGGGGCUGGUGGCCAAGGAUAAGACCCUGAGGAAGAAAGACAAGGACGGCCCCGAGUGCCCCCCCACGGUGGUGGUGAAGGAGGAGCCUCCGGGGGAGCCCCGGGGGUCCCCGGUGUCGCCGGGGGCGCGGGACGGGCGGGACGAGCUGCGCCACAGCCCCGAGCCCUGCACCAAGAUGACCAUGAGGCUGCGCCGCAGCCACAGCAACAGCCAGUUCGUGGAUUCCUACGUGUGCCGGAUCUGCUCGCGGGGCGACGAGGACGACAAGCUGCUGCUGUGUGACGGCUGUGAUGACAACUACCACAUCUUCUGCCUGCUGCCCCCCCUGCCCGAGAUCCCCAAGGGCAUCUGGCGCUGCCCCAAAUGCGUCAUGGCGGGACCCCCUGAUCUGUGGGGCUCCCCCCAGGCUCCCUUGGGCUCCUCUGUCUUUGGGGAGGUGGGUGAUGCCUUCAAGGCUGACUGCUUCAACAUGCCCGUCCACAUGGUGCCCACGGAGCUGGUGGAGAAGGAGUUCUGGCGCCUGGUGAACAGCAUCGAGGAGGACGUGACCGUGGAGUACGGCGCCGACAUCCACUCCAAGGAGUUCGGCUCCGGCUUCCCCGUGCGCGACGGCAAACGGCGCCUGUCCCCCGAGGAGGAGGAGUACGCGGGCAGCGGCUGGAACCUGAACGUGAUGCCGGUGCUGCAGCAGUCGGUGCUGUGCCACAUCAACGCCGACAUCUCGGGCAUGAAGGUGCCCUGGCUCUACGUGGGCAUGGUGUUCUCGGCCUUCUGCUGGCACAUCGAGGACCACUGGAGCUACUCCAUCAACUACCUCCACUGGGGCGAGCCCAAGACGUGGUACGGGGUCCCGUCGUUCGCGGCCGAGCACCUGGAGGAGGUGAUGAAGAAGCUGACGCCGGAGCUGUUCGAGAGCCAGCCCGACCUCCUGCACCAGCUCGUCACCCUCAUGAACCCCAACACCCUGAUGGCCCACGGCGUCCCCGUGGUCCGGACCAACCAGUGCGCCGGCGAGUUCGUCAUCACCUUCCCCCGCGCCUACCACAGCGGCUUCAACCAGGGCUACAACUUUGCUGAGGCUGUCAACUUCUGCACGGCCGACUGGCUCCCUGCAGGCAGGCAGUGCAUCGAGCACUACGCAGGCAUCACAGAAGUGGAAAAUGAAAGGUCGAAGUUAGUGCCCCCCAGGUACCGCUACACCCUGGACGAGCUGCCGGCCAUGCUGCACAAGCUCAAGGUGCGCGCCGAGUCCUUCGACACCUGGGCCAACAAGGUGCGCAUCGCCCUCGAGGUGGAGGACGGCCGCAAGCGCACGCUGGAGGAGCUGCGGGCGCUGGAGUCGGAGGCGCGGGAGCGCAAGUUCCCCGAGAACGAGCUGCUGCACCGCCUCAAGGGCUGCCUGGGCCAGGCCGAGCGCUGCGUCUCCGAGGCCCUGGGGCUCAUCAGCUCCCAGGAGACCGGGGUCCCGGCGCCGGCGCUGACGCUGGAGGAGCUGCGGGCGUUCCUGGAGCAGAUGAACCAGCUGCCCUGCGUCAUGCACCAGAUCGGGGACGUGCAGGCGCUGCUGGAGCGGGUGGAGGCGUUCCAGGCGGAGGCGCGGGCGGCGCUGGCCGUGCCCCCCGCGGCCGCGGGCGCUCUGCAGGAGCUGCUGGAGCGCGGCGCCCGCCUGGGCGUGGAGGUGCCCGAGGGCCGGCGGCUGGAGCGGCAGCUGGCCCAGGCCGCCUGGCUGGAGGAGGUGACGGCCACGCUGCGGUCCCCGCGCGCCCGCGUGCCGCUGCCCGUCAUGCGCGGCCUCAUCCAGGCCGGCCGCACCGUGGCCCCCAGCCCCGCCGUGGACGUGGCCAUGGGCGAGCUGCAGGAGCUGCUGACCAUCGCCCAGCGCUGGGAGGAGAAGGCGCAGAUGUGCCUGGAGGCCAGGCAGAAGCACCCCCCGGCCACGCUGGCCGCCAUCAUCAAGGAGGCCGAGAACAUCCCGGCGCUGCUGCCCAACAUCCAGGCCCUGAAGGAGGCCCUGGGCAAGGCCCGCGCCUGGAUCGCCGACGUCGAGGAGAUCCAGGUGGGCUCCGGGACCCCCGGGACCCCCCACUGCACAGCCACGGGGCUGCGCUGUCCCCUCAGGCAGAAGCACCCCCCGGCCACGCUGGCCGCCAUCAUCAAGGAGGCCGAGAACAUCCCGGCGCUGCUGCCCAACAUCCAGGCCCUGAAGGAGGCCCUGGGCAAGGCCCGCGCCUGGAUCGCCGACGUCGAGGAGAUCCAGCCCUGCUGUCCCCAGAUCGUGGCAUUCAAGGAGGGCGAGCAGAAGGAGAAGGAGGGCAUGCUGCGCCUGCGCCACGCCAACGCCCAGAAAGCCGCGCCACCUCUGCCAGGCCCGGGGCCACCGUCCUGCGUGUGCGGGCAACCCGCAGGGCCGGCCAUGCUGCAGUGCCAGCUCUGCCGGGACUGGUUCCACGGCUCCUGCGUGGCCUGGCCCCGCCUGGGCGCCCAGAAACCCUCCCCAGCCUGGUGGGAGUGGGACGCCAAGUUCCUGUGCCCGCUGUGCCAGCGCUCGCGGCGGCCGCGCCUCGAGACCAUCCUGGCGCUGCUGGUGGCCCUGCAGAAGCUGCCGGUGCGGCUGCCCGAGGGCGAGGCCCUGCAGUGCCUCACCGAGCGGGCCAUCACCUGGCAGGACCGUGCCCGCCAGCUCCUGGCGUCCCCCGAGGUGGCCGGGCCGCUGGAGCGCCUGGUGGCCCUGCGGCACCGGCUGCACGGGGACAGCGACGGCGCCCUGCGCGAGGCCAGCCGCAACGAGCAGACCAAGGUGUCGGUGGAGAACGGGGACGCCCCCAGCCCGGAGAAGAACGGACCCCUGCCCUCGGAGCUGGAGGCGCUGAGCGCGGCGCUGCCGCGGCUGCAGGGCCCCGUGCUGGAGCUGGCCGAGGCCACGCGGCGGCCGCUGGAGGAGCUGAUGAUGGAGGGGGACCUGCUGGAGGUGACGCUGGACGAGGCCCAGAGCAUCUGGAGGCUGCUGCAGGCCACGCGCCCGCCCCCGCUGGCCCUGUUCCGCCUGCUGCUCGAGGUACGGGCACCCCGAAACUGCCCGGGGGGCAGAACGCAUCCCCAAAACUGCCCGGGGGGCAGAACGCACCCCCAAAACUGCCCAGGGGACAGAACGCACCCCGAAACUGCCCGGGGGGCAGAACGCACCCCGAAACUGCCCAGGGGACAGAAUGCACCCCCAAAACUGCCUGGGAACCCCCAACCUCCCUGGGAUACAGAUUGCACCCCAAAACCUCCCCAGG